AUGUCAGGGAUUGACCUCCCCCCAGCCCUAGCCUCGUUCAGCCUACCAAUAGGCUGUCAACUAGCCAGAGCCGAGGCGUCAGGUGCCCGGGGCGGGAGCCAAGGGAUCGGGAGCCCGGGGGCAGGCUACACUGGGGUUGCACUUCAUAGGGGCUGCCACUUAUCAGGGGCACAUUCUAGGGGAACGGAAGCGGAGAGCAGCGAAGUAUCGCCCGUGCCUGCGAAGCCUCCGUUUAGCGAGGGGGCUUUGACGAUUCGGGAGCUCCGCAAAGAGGACGUGAAGGCCGUGAAGCAGUUAUGCUUUAACCAUUUUCGUUCGACGGGUUUGGCGGCGACGCGGUACUACGUCGUGGCGCACAUCCAGGAUAUGGCGUUAUUGACGUUCCUGGCGUUUGUGUUUAUGUCGGUACCGCGGUUCAUCAUGUCCGUAACGCUGUUCAACGUGUACUUGUUCGUGAAGUCGCGUUGGGAGCUGGAACAGUACAUCCGACUGGACUGCGACGACCUGCGGACAGCUUUCGACACGUAUAUGGAAAACGGGCCGCAGUCGCGCUUUUGGGUGGCCGAGCUGCAAGUUGGUGAGGCCUUCCUGGGAACAAGUCUGUCUGCGGAAUCAGGCGCAAAGCCCACCCGGGUCAUUGCCGGAUGCGUUGGACUAGUGGCCUCCAAAGAGACGGCAAACGUCGGCAAGCUCGUCCGCCUCAUCGUCGACUCCCAGCACCGGCGUAUGAAAAUCGGAAGUCGCCUCCUCAUGCAGGUCGAGCAGUACGCCAGCGACAUAGGGUUCACCAACAUGCGGAUCUACACCAACUCGCUCAACCCUACUCACGUAAAGUUCGUCAGACAACAUGGAUACACCAUUGCGCAAACCGUUCGGAGAGGCUUGAUGCGUGGAGACCUCAUGACCUGGCACAAGUCGCUUAACUCCUCCUCCAAAACGUCUUUGAGGAAGCGGGACGCCAGCGAAUUCGACCUGACCAUAAGAAGCGCCGCGUCGCAUGUGAUGGAUUAG